UCGUAGGCCAUAAUAGUAACACUGGCCGAUGGAGUGCAGUUCUAAAACUUUGUCGAAGUUUUCAAACUCGUUUGCACAGAUGAAGAUAUUCAACUCGACGUCCGAUUUGACGCUCAUCAGCGAUGAAAUGUCCAUCGGAGACGUUAUCCAGGAUAUCAUCCGGAUGGGACCGCAUGAGGAUCCGCUCCAUGUGCUCGAUUUGGACGAUGUGGUCCGCAAGCAUUACGGCUGGUGUGCGAAGAUGCCACGGGUGAAACCGUACUACGCGGUCAAGUGUAAUGAUGAUCCGCGCAUCCUGCAGACGUUGAUGACGCUCGGGACGGGCUUUGACUGUGCGUCCAAGGGUGAGAUGGAACGCAUGAUCGGGUACGGUGUGAAGCCGGAGAACAUCAUCUUUGCGCAACCGGCCAAAUCGAUCCCGUCGCUGUUGUACGCUCGCUCGAAACAGGUGUCCGUGAUGACGUUCGAUGGAGCGGUCGAGUUGGAAAAGAUUCACCAGUACUACCCGGAGGCACGGUUGGUGUUGCGUAUGCGCCACGACUCGCUCCAGGUACGUUGCUCGUUGGGCAAGAAGUUUGGCUGCGAUCCGAUUGUGGAGGCUCCGGAACUGUUACGAUAUGCCGCCACCCUUCGCAUGAAUGUGAUCGGUAUCAGCUUCCACGUGGGAUCCGAUUGUGACGAACAUCAGGUGUACUACGAUGCGGUAAAGAUUGCAAAGGAUCUGUUCGACUACGCCAAGACACUCGGGUACGAGUUCAGCUUGCUGGACAUCGGAGGAGGAUUCCCGGGAGAUAAUAACAAACCGAUUGAUCGGUACGCGAAAGCGGUGAAUGUCGCAAUUGAUCAUUACUUCCCGGCGGAGUUGGACAUUCGCAUCAUUGCCGAGCCGGGGCGCUAUUACGUUGCAUCGGCUGUGACGCUGGUUUCGUUCGUAGACUCAAAACGUGUGCUGAAGGAAAAGCAGCCAGAUGGGACAGAGAAACUACGGAUGUAUUACUAUCUGAAUGAUGGAGUGUUCGGUACGUUCUACUGUACCGCUCUGGAAGGGCAAAAAGCUGUCCCGAUUGUAGAGACUAAACUAAACGUAAAGCUUUAUGAUUCGAUACUGUGGGGUCCAACGUGUCAUGUGUUGGAUCAAAUAGCUCUUGAAAAUUUGCCAGAACUGAAUAUUGGCGAUAAUGUCGUGUUCGAAAAUGUGGGAGCAUACGGAGAGGUGCUUGCAAAUAGGUUUAAUGGAUUCGCCAUACCCAAAAUAAUUGGAUAUGUUCGCGAAGGUACUUGGAAAACGUUACAAAACCUGGCACGAGGCUCAGUUGAAUCGAUGCAGGAUGGCUUUGACACGGACAACAAGCAAAUAGACACCAAUGAGCAACACCCAUUCCUUAGCAGAUCCUGCUAUCGUAUACAUUUAUAUUCAAAAGAUAAUCAAUUUUGAGUCCUGCUGUAUAUAUACGUUCGAGAAUUUUACACAAUAAAAGGGAGUCAGUAUAAAAAUUGUUAUCCUUAAGUUCGAAUGC